CUUUAGCUGUCACCUCUCCCUCCUCCUCGCCAUUCAUACCGUCGUCCAACUCUCUUCGAAACCCACAUCCAAACAAAGCACUGUCCUGCAUCCUAACACCAUCUACUACCCGCGCUCCACACCCAGUCUCUCGGUACGGUACGCCAGAAACGUCAGCCAGCAUCGCGACAUGGUCAAAGCGCUCUCUCACCGUCAUCUGCUUACCGCUAUCGCUGCGCCUCAAGAAAGACACUGAGCACGCGACUUCCCAACAGCUCUCCCUCUACGGAGGCGAGAGUUGCUGAGGCCUGCUCCAGCACUAUGAUACUACCUCGCCAUCUCUACAACGGCUCGCCUCCAGAGCCCCGAAGUCGAGUCACCAACAAUCCAACCCUGCUCUACAGCUGGUGGUGCACCAUCUUUUCCAUCGUCAUCAUAGGAGUUCGCUUGUCUGGCCGCUACAUUCGCAAUGAACGCCUCUUUCGUGAGGACAAGAUCAUGGCCUGCAGCAUUGUUCCCCUCGUGGCACGCAUGGGCUUCGUCCAUGUCGUCCUCAUCUAUGGCACCAACAACGUCAACACCACGGGCCUGACCGAUCCCGUCCAGAUCCACCAUCGCGAGAUUGGCUCGCAAAUGGUCCUGGCAGCUAGGAUCUUCUACGCCAUGUUCAUCUGGAUGGCUAAAUUCACCGUCUCUGAAUUCCUCAAACGCCUAACAGAACGGUUUUGGAAGAAAGGCUACGAGUGGGGUCUGCGUGGAAUUCGCAUCUUUCUCGUCGCCACAUUCAUCAUCGUUUUUAUUGCUACACUGGCAGAAUGCCAUCCCGUCAAUCACUAUUGGCAAGUCAUUCCGGAUCCAGGACCGCAAUGCCGACAGGGUUACGCACAGCUCCUUACCAUGGGCAUCACUGAUAUCAUCACGGACAUUCUACUCGUCGCCUUCCCCAUCCCCAUCAUCUUACGAUCUGGCAUGCCUAUAAAGCGCAAGCUCUCUCUCAUCGGGCUUUUCUCCUUGUCAAUCAUCCUCAUCAUCGUUACAGCCGCACGCAUGCCCGCAGUCAUUCAAAGAAAAGGCCUGCAACAGUUUCGCACAGUAUUCGCAUCCUCUGAAAUACUUACGGCUGCUAUCGUGUCCAACGCCAUCAUCCUAGGGUCGUUCCUUCGGGAUCGAGGUGUCAAGAAACCAAAGUUCAAGGCACCAUCGACGACAGACAGCAUGGAACGUAGAGGUUCAGCACGACGCUACACAAACCAGCCGUACAGCAGUGACGAAGACCUCGCGCGAUCGCUUGGCUACCGGACCAAACCCGAACUCGCAGAGAAGACAUCAAACGUACCGAGGCCGGCCCCCGUCGCCGACCUGGACCUUUUGUCGUCGAGCCGACAACCCGGUCCAUUUGCGAACAACAAUUGGCAGUUUCCCUCUCAAAAGAUGAUCAUGCCGCAAUUCAAUGGGGACUCGAAGCUGAAAGUGGAAGACAUCCGAGAUCCAAUGCCGAGUCCUCGCGGCGGACGACGGGUGUCGUGGUUCGACGUCGGUGGUUUACUCGAGACCUCAGCGGUUGUCCCUUCGCCUACCGACUCUGUCAUUGCGCACGACUUCGCACCCCAACCCAGGCGAGGUUCGAGAGCUUCCAACUCAAUCAUUCCCAACAGUCGGGCCUAUCCUCCACCAGCACGCCGGUCGUCACGGCUGUCACAACAGUCUGAAGACUACGAAAUGUCGGUCCGGCCAAGCCAUCAACUGCAAGACCUGGGUGGCUUGCUAUCAGAAAAACGUGAGCAGGAAAAAGCCCAAUCCACUCCAUCCUCGACCUCAGGCUCGUCACACGGCCUCCCUCCCUGUCACGAACAAACUGCGCCCAUUGAACGCCACUCUACACAGACAAGCUACGACGUCCCUUCGUUGCAGGACGCAGGUGGUCUCCUUUCAUCACUACCCCCUCGUUAUACUUCUUCCUCUUCUUCUGCGUGAUACCCCUUUCCUUCUGGGCUUUUUGUACUUAUGCAUAGCCUGCCUAUUGCUUAUGCUUUUGUUGUAUUUUCCUUUUCACUACAUGCACGAUAUCCACUGGGCAUGGUCGGCGUUUAUGGACUUACGAUUUAUUGACCUUGUAUGACAUGAUGUGAGCAAGAUGUAAUGUAUCGAUACCGAUCUGCAUUGAAGAUCCACCAAGGUAGAUCGAAUCGAAGAGGCUAUUGGGCUGUUGACGGUGUAACGUAGGAUAUUAUUAGCACUGCCGAUGGCGUCGCUAUCAACCUGGUAGAUGCCAGAUCAAUAUAUCAAGUUAAUUUGCGUCUUCGGCUUUCUGCUCUUCUGCGCCGAACGUGGCACAAUCAAAUACAAAGUCGACUAUGGCUGAUGCACUC